AUGUUCUUAAAAGAAGAUCCAGGAUCUAGACGUCAGGCCUACCGUGCCGCUAAAGAAGAGAAUAGAAAGGAAUUGAAGCAUGUUAGAAUAGAUCCUACUGCUGUUGAAGGUGAUGGAAAAAUAGACUUGCCAAAAAAGAAGUUCUAUCGUCAAAGAGCUCACUCUAAUCCUUUUUCAGAUCAUCAAUUGGAUUAUCCAAUUUCUCCUUCAGAAAUGGACUGGUCGAAGUUGUAUCCACACUUCUACAGCGAUGUGGAGAAGGGUAUGUUAAAAAAGGUUACGAUCACGGAUAUCGGGUGUGGGUUCGGAGGACUUAUGAUUGAUCUUUCCCCUGCUUUUCCAGAUAGCCUUAUAUUAGGAAUGGAGAUUCGUGUCCAGGUUACCAAUUAUGUUGAAGAUAGAAUUAUUGCUUUGCGUCGUAACCAUUCUAAGACGAAUGGCUAUCAAAAUAUUAACGUCAUAAGAGCUAAUGCUAUGAAAUUCCUUCCUAAUUUCUUUGAAAAGGGACAGUUGGAAAAGAUGUUUUAUUGUUUUCCAGAUCCUCAUUUUAAGCAGAGGAAGCAUAAGGCUAGAAUUAUAACAAAUACGUUGCUUAGUGAAUAUGCAUAUGUUUUAAAGGAAGGGGGUAUUAUAUAUACGAUUACCGACGUUCUAGAUUUGCAUAAAUGGAUGGUAAACCAUUUAGAAAUGCAUCCUCUCUUCGAAAGAUUAGACGAAGCCUGGGAAGCUGAAGAUAAGUGCGUUAAGAUAAUGAGAGUGGCUACCGAGGAAGGAAAGAAAGUUGAGAGAAAGGAGGGUGACAAGUACGUUGCAUGUUUCAGAAGAAUAGCAAACCCUGAGAUCAUUUAA